CAAAGUACUGUUGAAUUUCGAAAUGGCCAGACCGGCUUAGAUGGUAUGAGAGUGUUUCCAUCUAAUGACACGACUGUUGAUUGGUGGUAUUUUGAUGUUGUUUCCUGGGACCAUAGGAGCGAAAUCGUUGUAACUUUCUACACCGCGGGCGCUUCCUUCAAUGGAGGCGCGACACCUAACAAAGUUCUUAUUACAUACACCUUUGAGAACGGUACAGACCUAAAUAUCCAGCUCCAAGCAGAGGAUGUCAGGAUCAGAACCAUUGGUGACGGGAGUUCUGGGGAAUACCGGGGCAUAGGUGAUUGGGUUGGAUCCUCGGAUAUGUCCCAGUAUGUGAUUCGAUUAGAUUCACCAAGUAACGGUAUCUUUGGAGAAAUUAUUCUAAACAGGGUUGCCCCACCGCAUCUGCCUUGCACUGAUGAUCUAAGCCCCGGAGGCGAUUUGCUGUUAGCACCAGGGGUAGGUUGGGUAAACGUCAUGCCUGACGCGAAUUCAACUGUCUACUUCAAUUGGUCUGGAACCGCCGUUGAGUUCUCCGGCACCGGAUACCAUGAUAAGAACUGGGGAAACGUGCCUCUGGGUUCCACUUUCAGCAGCUGGUACUGGGGCCAUGGCCGAGCAGGACCCUACUCUGUUGUUUGGUUUGACUUUCUUGCGGUCGACGGCACCGAGUACACAAGUAGCUACGUCGCCCGCAACGGCAGAAUCCUGAACGCGGCUUGCGAGGGCAUCAAGGUUCGUCCGUUUGGAGCCAACUCAACUUAUCCACCAACACCCACCACUGGAUCGCCUAGCGGCUACGAUAUUGAGCUG